AUGAAGGACUUCACUUCCUGUGAGGUUUGCGGCCUUAAAUUCGGUAUUAUUUCCUGGAAGCGGUUCUGCGCCAAAUGCAAUCGCACAUGCUGCCGGGAUUGUUUGACUGGGCGCCUGAGAGACGUUGGGGGCAACUACUCGGACCUCGAGAGGGUGAAGAUUUGCUCCGACUGCGUGGUUGCCGAGUCGACCACCCAGUCCAUUUCCAUUCACGAGGACCUCGAGCUCACUGGCCAGAUCAACCGUGACCUCAGGCUCGAGUUGAAGGAGAAGAUUCUCGCCUUGGAGAAGUUUCGGACCUUCCUGCUUCAAAUCAGCACGACUUUCGGCCCCAACUCAGACUUGUUUCCCAGCUCCGGCUCCGUCGAGAACGGCCUUGACGACCGCACCUGCGACAUUGGCGAGCUCAUCACCAGGUGUCAGGACGACUUCGAGAACAUGCAGGACAAGGUUCGCGCGAUGCGUCGUCGCUACGAGGCCUCCAUUUCCAACGAGGAGAGCUCGCGCUCCGAGAUUGACCGUCUCAACCGCGAGAUUGAGAUAAUUUCCUCUGAGCGCGACUCUCUUCGCUCUGCUCUCUCUCAGGUCGACGCCCUCAGGCACGACAUGGAGGACUACAAGCAGCACUACUCCGAGGUCAUUCGUGACUACAGCGACCUUCUCGUUCGUUGUCGGAAGCUCGAGCUUCUCCUCAGGUCCAGCCACUCCGACCAUCCUGACUUGUCCUCAGUCUUGAAUGAGUCCAACCAUCAGUCGCCUCGGACUCCCAAUCGUCGUCGCUUCUGGCUUUUCGCCAGCUGCUGUCCCAGAUUUUUUCAUUGA